AUGUUGUUGGUGUCGGCGUUCAUUUGGGUCAGGUGUGCUGGACUCGACUCGACUGACUUGUGUAAGGUGUUGCGAAAGGGUCUUGGAGCCCAGGCCCUCAUGUCGUCCUGUGUUGUGUUGUCUGCAGAUCAUUGGGACAGGGAGGCCCAGAUGGACAUUCUCAUCGUACGGCACGGAGGUCAUCCCAUUUGGUAUUGGGUGUUUGAGAUUAGUCACCAACGUGCCGCUUUGCAAUCACAUGCCGUCGAGCAACUGGUAGAGAAGAAAGCCUCAGGUAGGUAG